UCCGCUUGGAUUCUCCGGCAAUCACUCUCCUCGUCUGAAGAAGCCCUGCGGCGAUGGCGAACGGCGGCGCUCUAUUGGAGGAGCUGGCCCGGGCCCUGGACCUCGCGCAGCAACUAGAGGCCCAUCUCUCGCGCGCCAGCUCGCCGCCGGAGUCCUACAGGUGCUCGACGGCGGCCGAGAUCCUCUCCGCCAUUCAAAAAUCGAUCUUGAUGGCUCAAUCGAGCGCCCCCGGGUCGCCGCCGUCUGACGGCGCCAGUCCCCUGAGCGAGAGCUCCGCCCCUGAGUUCCGGGACCAGGACCGCAAGGGGAUGAUGAAGAAAAGGAAGACGCUCCAUAAGUGGACGACGCGAGUGAGGCUCAACCCCUCCGCCGCCGGAGGAGUCGAAGGCACGGUCGACGACGGUCAUAGCUGGAGAAAGUACGGCCAGAAAGACAUCCUCGGCUCCAAGCACCCAAGAGCCUACUACAGAUGCACCUACCAGAACACGCAGGGUUGCCCGGCGGCGAAGCAGGUGCAGCGAUCGGAUGACGACCCGCUGCUGUUCGACGUCACUUACCUGGGCACGCACUCGUGCCGGCAAAAGCCACCGAAAGGAUCAGCUCCGACGCCGGCGCACAAAGAGCCAAAGCAGAGCCCAAACCGGCUGCUGCUGAGCUUCCAAUCGGAGAUGAGAGUUAAAACCGAAGCCCUGGAUUCCGAAGAAGCUCCGGCGGCGAUCUCCUCCUUAAUUGCCGACUGGUCGCCAGACUUCCUGGAGUCGCCGUACCAGGUCCAUAGCCUCGACGCUUCGGACUCCGAUCUGACGGACAUCAUCGGAAGAGCGAAUAGGGAGAGCGAUUCGUCGUUCGUCGACAUGGAUUUCCUGCUCGACGAGCUGGACCUAGAGCAGAGCUUCCAGUUCGAUGCCUCAGUCUUCUUCUCAUGAACACAGAACAGUACGCUGUUCUCGAAUCUCCGGCCAAAGAUUUGCAGAAUACUGUUGGAUUCUUUGUGGAAUCGAUCUCUGUUAGGUCGCGAUUACGAUCGGCAUGGAGGUUGAAAGAUGAAGUCAUGAUCAACAAGACAGACGAAUGUGGAAAAAUCUGACGAAAUCUUGAGGAAAAAGGGAAUUCAUACAGAAGUUUUUUUUUUUUUUACAAAUUUAAAAUUUAAGAUAUUAGAUAAAUAACACGGAUUAAAGUGAGUGAAUCCAGAAUAUGAUAGGGUAGUUAGAGUUAAAGUGAAGUGGUAGUCAAAAUCAAGAUAGAAAAAUAUUCCACACUUAGUUCUCUUGA